GUGUCCUGUUGCCAAAGCGCACGGACUGACAGAGGCGGAGAGAGACCCGAGUCAAGCUCUUUCCUUUCCGCACUCAUUUUUACCCUUUCUUUCCGCCAUCGCCAAAAGCAACCAAAAGCAUAGAGAGAGAGAGAGAGAGGGAGAGCGAGCUAGAAAACCCUAGAAGAGCAGCUGAGCUGAAUGUGGAGAUAGAUGGCUGAGAUGACGAGAGAGACGGAGCUAUCGAUAGCGGCGUCGUCCGUGUUCCCGGGGUUUAAGUUCUCGCCGACGGACGAGGAGUUGCUGUCGUACUACCUCAAGAAGAAGCUCGAAGGCUCCGAUAGGUGCGUGGAGGUGAUUUCGGAGCUCGAGAUUAACAGAUACGAGCCUUGGGACCUUCCAGCCAAAUCAGUCAUUCAAUCAGAAAAUGAGUGGUUCUUCUUCUCUCCUCGUGGAAGGAAAUACCCAAAUGGAUCACAAAAUAAGAGGGCAACUGAAUCUGGCUAUUGGAAAGCCACUGGAAAAGAACGAAAUGUUAAGGCAGGUUCAAAUGUGAUAGGCUCAAAAAGGACCCUGGUGUUCCACACUGGUCGUGCACCAAAAGGGGAGAGGACAGAAUGGAUAAUGCAUGAGUAUUGUCUGAGUGGAAAAUCUCAGGAUUCGUUGGUUAUUUGUCGCCUUCGGAGGAACAUUGAUUUUCGAUUAAAUGAUACUCCAAGACCAAGUUCUUCGAAUGAAAGGACUUUAUUGAUCGAAAAUGAUAGCAAAUUUGGAGGAGCCAAUGCAGCUGCAUGCUUUUCAAAGGAAAGCAGCGGUCAUAAUUCCGUUGAGCAACAGAGUGUAUCUGGUUCUGUAUCUGAUCAGAAACAAGUAAACGAGCUUUCUCAGCCGGGUUCUAGCCACCAGGGCUGUUACGAUGAUGACUGUUAUGCUGAGAUACUAAAAGAUGAUAUUGUUGACCUUUUUCUGCCUCCUGCUCUCGGAAAGUCAGAGGAUGAGAGAUCUGUACAACCAAUACAAGAAUUCCAUUCACCUGUCUUCCCUUUCCAGGGCACAGCUAACCGAAGAAUCAGAUUGAGUAUGCACCAGAUUCGAAAACACCGAGCUAACGUAUUGGAGGUUGAAAUCGGCAAGAAUAAAUAUGUUGAGGAUGAAUUCAGCGACGAAUCCACAGAGAGGUCACCAAAAUAUUUCGAGAGGUUGUUAUCAGGCAGGAGAAUCAGUCGCCGCUCCUUAUCCAUGUUCUUGGUUUUUUUGACUCUGCUGAUUUUUUGUUUUAGUAUGCUGGGAGUCCCAGGCAAGCUGAAAAAAGGUAUCAACAUGCUUCCUUAACACCGCGGAGUGUUUUGGUUAAUAUAGGGUUAGGGUGUUUUGUUAGCCCUGUACAAAUUAAAGGCGAAAACUCUGAAAGUAGUAGUAGGGGUAGGACGAGUGUAGUGUGGACCCUGAGAUUCGAAAUGACUAUCUUGGAAUGAAGACACUGCUUAUUCUUCUUUA